CUACCAAACGCGACGUUUUUAGCUGCUAUGGAUGGAAUCUUUUUCCUGGUCGACAAUACAACGGGAAACGGAUCAAAUACGACAGUUGCCGUACCUCAUUAUCCCAGCGGUUACACUCUUCCACAAAUCGUGGUGGCAUCCAUUGUGGUGACCCUGCUCAUGAUUGUUGUGGUGGUCGGAAAUAUGUUGGUGAUAAUAGCGAUAACAACGGAAAAAGCAUUGAAAAAUAUUCAGAACUGGUUCAUAGCGUCUUUGGCCGUAGCUGACUUUUUUCUUGGAUUAGUUAUAAUGCCGUUUUCAUUAGCAAAUGAGUUGAUGGGAUACUGGAUUUUCGGAGCUUGGUGGUGCGACGUUCACUCUGCCAUGGAUGUUCUUCUGAGUACGGCUUCAAUCAUGAAUUUGUGUCUAAUUUCCUUAGAUCGAUACUGGAGCAUAACGCAGGCAGUGGAAUAUCUAAAGAAGCGAACGCCAAUUAGAGCCAUAGUGAUGAUCACCGCUGUUUGGUUGCUUUCGGCGGUUAUUUGCAUACCUCCGCUACUAGGUUGGAAAGUGGAACGAACCGCUGAUGAGCAAUAUCCGAAAUGCCAGCUCAGCGAAGAACUAGGCUACGUGCUCUAUUCAGCUCUUGGGUCCUUCUAUAUCCCUUCCUGUAUAAUGGUAUUUGUCUAUAUCAGGAUAUACUAUGCCGCAAAAGCACGAGCUCGUCGAGGAAUCAGAAAACCUCCCCGGCGGCAAGCACAGGAUGCAGUAACGUGUUUCUCAAACAGCCCUGGGGUAGCAAAAAAUGGCAGUGGAGGAGAUACUCCCGCAGGGGGAUCGAUGGUGGAUAGAAAUAGUAACACAUCGCCGCGGGACGGCGAAAGACAGAUCGCCACGAUCGAAGCCCACCCCAAGCCCAUCGCUAUCCCAACAGUAACUUGUGAUUUGGCGUCGGACAUAUCCACCAGUGAUAACGCCGAAAAUGCAGGGACGGAACCUCAAGAACAGAAGGAUACACUGAAAGUGUUCAGUGCAGGUGUACCUCAGGUGAUGCGGAAUCCCCUGGCGCAGUGUCAAUUUCGCGGUUCAACGUUGUCCGUAAACGGUGAGCUUCAACAACAAGCAGCAGCGUUUGCCAGGAGCCGUCAGCCGUCGAUGGGCAUCGACACAGACAUGGUUAGCGAGUUCGACCCGAGCAGCUCCGACUCGGGCGUGGUGGCCCAAUGUACAGCAGUGAAACCUCUGAAGUUGAGACUCUGUAAGCCGAUUUUCGGCCGUAGUAAAAAUACCAAAAAUCGUAGCAAAACUGAGGAGAAGACGUCUCAGAAAGUGUCCUCGCCUAGUGAAAAAGUGGUACUAGAACAUAUUGUGCCGCGAGUGCAAAAACCCAGGGACCCAGAACGUGAAAAACGAAGGCUAGCUCGGAAGAAAGAGAAGAGAGCUACGCUGAUUUUGGGGCUUAUCAUGGGGUCUUUCAUAGCGUGUUGGCUGCCUUUCUUCUUCAUGUACAUAUUGAGGCUGGCCUACGAUAUUCCCGGAUUCGCCUUCUCGACGGCCUUUUGGCUCG